AUGUCUACCCCAUCUACACCCCGCUCGACGCGCACCGCGUCACCGCCAGGCGACUCGCCGGCGAUGCUUACACCAGGACAAAAGAUCAAAGCUAUGAUGGCUCAAUUCGAUAGUGAUUCGGAAUCAGAGAAAGAAAAUACGCCUAAAGUACGGCGACCGAUCGCGAGACCAAGCUUCACGAAUAACACAUCGACGAACGAACCGGCUCAGGAACAAGAGGCAGAGUAUGCGGAUUCGGACGAGGAUGAGGGAGAUGAUGAUAUUGUCAUGCCCAGGGGGCGGAUGGCUGCGAGGUUACAGGCUCAGGGAGAAGACGUGGACAAUAAUGAGUCUGAGACGGCUUACGAUCGAGUGAAGCGGACUCUAGGGGAACAGGAUAAGGGGACUCAGGAGGACGAUGACGAUGACCUUCCUAUGGCUGGACCAAGAAGGCGACAACCGAAUAAACAGAAUAACUCCGAAGAUGAAGAAUUGGAUCGAUCGCCGUCUCCGGCUCGCUCGUUUUCUCCGUUAUUUAUGUCCUCGCCAGCACCACAACGACAUGCACUGCGUGAAGAAAAUGGAUCUGAUGGAUCAGAGAACGAGGAACCACAACCGAAGAAUAACGGCCGACUGCAGACACUCAUCGCUCAGAAACGCAAGGAGCGAGAGGACCGCGAACGAAUCGAAGCCGAGAAGAAAGCUGCUCGCGCAAAACAAAACGAACAAUUCAGCUCCGACGUUCUCUCCGGUGAGGGCAGUGGUGAUGAAAAUGACCGUCAUUCCGCAAAGAAGUUGUCGCAGCAAGCUCGUCCGUCACGCAAGGCCAGCAAGAAGGCUAUAGAAGAGAUGAAUCGCGAGACUCAGCGGAUGAGUAGGAAUAUGCAAUUGGCGCAUCAGGCGCAGACGAAGAAGAAAAUUACAAAGGAGAGUUUUUUUGCUAGAUUUAACUUUGGACAGCCGAAGACGGACAAUGCAGGGCCAUCGGCGGGAAAUUCGUCGACGACAGCUUCGCAGAACUCGUCUGACGGGGAAGCACAGAAGGAUCGGGAGACACCGCGUACGUCUCCUGUUCCAGGCCCUGCUGAUAAACCAGCUGGUCCUGAUGCUGCAAGUGACAAGGGGAAAGAGCCGGAAACCGAAGCUAUGGAGUUUACCAGGCCUCCUCUCGAGGAAGUCCUUGCCAGAACGCAUCUACAGCAAAAAGAACCAAUCGUUGCAAGAGCUCGAGUCCAAACGCAAGAGCCACACCAAAAGGUAUCAGCACCCAAACAUGGUCAUAAAACGCCCAAGAAGCCACCCAUUCGCGUCCAGCUCUCUCGACAGUCGGUAGCCGAACACCAGCAGGAGGACUCCGACGACGAGCUUGAGGUUGUCACAUCUCCUGCCAAGUGCCGUCGAAUUGCAGCCUUCGAAAAUAUCAAGACCAAGAGAUCAGAAGAAUCCGCUUCCAUGUUAAAGUUGAAGGCUUUGGCUCAUCUCACUUCUCCUGACCGUCAAGCGACAUCAACCAACUUCGCGCAGUUGUCAGCCGAUUUGCUAGCCCAGGCAAGAAAACAGGCUGCCGACGAAAGAAAGCAGAGAAUUGACGAGCUUAGGUCUCAGGGUGUUUUUAUUGAAACCGCUGAGGAACGACAAGCCAUGGAGGAUGAAAUUGAGAACCUCGUGGAGAAGGCCCGGCAGGAAGCUGACGACAUCAAGAAGCAAGAGCGUAAGGAAAGGAAUCAAGACCAAAGGGGUGAUGACGAUGAAAGUGAUGGGGCAGAUUAUGAACCUUCUGGUUCUGAGGAUGAGGUUGUUGGCGAUGAUGACGAGGAAGAGGACGAGGACGGAGAAGAAACAGGUGCCCAGAAUGACGGGAACAUGAUUGACGCUGAAGCUGGUGAUGAUAAGGAAUCAGCAGACGAGCAAAGCGAUGCCAUGUCUGCCGACGAAGUCGAUGUACCGUCCACGAGAAGAAAGCGGCCCACUCGAGUGAUCGAAGAUGACGAUGAUGAAGAUGAACAGCAGCAUGAGCCCCAAGCACCAACAACUCCGUCGAACCCAAUCACCCCAAACAAGGGCCCUGCAGCGAGGCCCGAGUUCCCCGGCUUAGAGGACUCUGCUGGAUUGACCAUGGGUCUAACCCAGGCUUUUGCGGGCACAUUGGCUGGAAGUGGACAGGAUACUCAGCCCAAUACCCCCAGUGUUAUCCCAUCACUUCCAGACCCUGUUGUCGGUGUCGAGCCAUCCGAUUCUCAGAUCCUAGUCAAAGACAGCCAGGGACAACGAGAAGAAACCACCGACGUCUUCGCAGGGUAUGAUCCGUCUGGGAGCGGUGUAUCUGAGUCACCAGCUCCGAGAGCAAUGUCCGAAUUUUCGGUGCCUGAACCGACGCAAGAUGCCGGCUUCGUGUAUUCGCCUUAUGAUCCUUCGAAACGGUUCAGGCCUCCCCCGUCGACGAUCGAAACUGUGAUUGUCGAGCGGAGCGAAGCCCCCGUUUCUCCUGUUGCUAGCAGGAAAAACAAGCACCUUCGUCGCGGUCGUGCUGAUAACCAAGGGACGGAAGGUCAAGGUGACGGCGACUUUGAAAUCGACUCCAGUGCAUUCGACGUCAUGAGGAAAGCUACUAGGAAGAAGAACAUUGUUCCAUUCGACAAGCAAAAGAGCAAAGCCAAGGAUGUUGUCGAGGAUGCAGCCGAGGAAUCCGAAGAUGAAUAUGCCGGUCUCGGUGGUGGUAGUGAUGACAGCGACGAUGAAGAGGACGCAUACGAUCAGUCGAUGAUCAACGACAACAGUGGAGAGGUUGUGGACGAGAAGUUGUUGGCUAGGCUUAAUGCUGCUCGACACAGAGACGACGACGCAAAGCAAGUGGAAAAGCUCAUGAAGGAUAUUACCACUGGGGCUCUUCGACGGCGCAGAGGAGCUGAUGAUGACCUCGAUCUCGAUGACCCCGAAGACGAGCUCCUCGCCCGUCGUCGCGAGAAACAACGAGAAUUCGCUCGGAUGCGAAGAGCUCUUCUUGCCGAUGAGAAGGUCAACGAAAUUGCCGAGAACCCCAAGAAGGCAGCCUUCUUCAAAGCUAUCGAGGACCGGGACGAGGAAGAGGAUGUUGAUCUGGAGUUCCUGGAGUACGAGAACGAGGGUGGUUCUCAGGAACAAUCGUCGCAAGAUGUGGCACCAGAAGCACAGAAAGACCCUGCCGCACCAGAAACCGAAAACAACGACAGCAAGAGAAAGCGACCUCUUGAGCCCUCUGCAGAAGACAUCGCCAACCGUCCUCCACCCCAUCUCCGUCGCAAGCCCGCCAGCCACAUGUCCAAGAAACCCGCUACCCUCGCAGAGAUCCGCGAAACAGUCUCUUUCCUCACAGAAACCCACGAAUACGACUCCUUCCACGAAGACGCCGCCAUCGACGAAGAGGGCGGCCAAGACGAACAAAUGACAGAAGCCGGAACACCAGCGGCAGAAGAACCAAAGGAAGACUUUGUCCCUCGCACCCACAACCACAACCACCCCCGCCGCACACGAGGUCCCUCCUCCGCAAGCACCCGCUUCGCCUUCCAUGCCGGCGCUGGCAACGACGCAGCUGUGAAUAUCGGCUUCCGUCCUCCGCUUCGCAAGAACUCAGCAAGUUCUUCAUCACCAAGCAGUUUGUCCUCUGGAUCUUCUGAUUCGCGAAAGACCAUGAAGGCUUCUGCUGGGGCGUCGGCGGCGAAGAAGGGCGCUGUUAAUUAUUAUACGGCUGCUAGGGAGAAGGAGCGGGAGAGUGCGAUUCGGGCUAAAGAGAGGUCUAGUGGGUCGAAUGUUGCGGCGUUGCUUAACAAACAUGCUUCAAAUCGGCGUGGUUUGGGGGCUUUAGGGAAGGGGCAGUGGGAGUGA